GGUCUCAAAAAUCGCACUACAGUCACUACACAGCAGUUGCCCCAAAUUCACUCAGUUCAACACCUUCCCCUCUACAUUCUUCUCUCUUUCACAGAACCUUCCUCCCCUUGUUCUCUUCCUCCUCUCUUAUUUAUUUAUUCCCAUAUCUCCCCAAAGUGGACAGAACUCAAGCAAACCAAACACAAUACAACACUAGUGAAACCCCAUGUCUGUUUUUCCACAAAACAUGAGCAUGCCUUCAAUAUCAAUAUCAUCAGUUUUGUUCACUGCCUUAGCAGUGAUGGUUGGGACUCUGCUCAACGAAGCCCUGGCCAUCACCAAAAAGCUUAUACCACAACAGCUCCUCUUAUCCAAACUAGAAAGCCUCAUAGGAAAAUAUUAUUCCCAGAUGACUCUCAUCAUUGAUGAGCACAUUAAUGGGGUCUCCAUCAAUGAAAUGUUCCAGGCAUCAGAAAUUUAUUUGUGCGCGAAAAUCAGCCCUUCGGUUGAACGGCUUAAGGUAUCCAAGGCAUUGGGAGAAGAGGCUCUCCGUGUCACAGUGGACCAAGGGGAAAGGAUUGUGGAUACUUACAUUGGUAUCCAACUCACUUGGCAAAUGAUAUGCGCUGAGAAAACAAAGACCAGCACCGACAAUGAAAUUGUCGAGUACAGAUCAAUUGAGCUCAGCUUCUACAAGAAAUACACUGAAAUGGUACUGAGCACUUACUUGCCAUAUGUCUUGGAGAGGUCCAAAGCCAUGAAAGAAGAAAACAAGAUAGGAAAGCUCUACUCAUGUAAGGGAUCACGGAGUUCAGUCAAUCUGAACCAUCCAUCCACUUUUCACACGUUGGUCACGGAUCCAUCCAUGAAGAAGAAGCUGAUGGAUGACUUGAACGGGUUUUUGAAGAGAGGAGAGUUCUACUGGAAAGUUGGCAAGGCACGGAAACGUGGGUACUUCUUAUACGAUACCCUAGGCACCAGCAAGUCCAGAUUGAUUGCUACCAUAGCUAACUAUUUCCAUCAUUUCAUUAGUUGUAAUUUUCCUUUUCAGCAUGUCUUUAAGUUUGUUUUUAAUCGCUUUACCAUUUCGAGCAUUUCAUUAUUUGUAAUUUUGCUUUGGAGGAGUAGGAGUAGCUUAAAGUAAUGUACUUUUCACUAGUAUUUGAAUUAUUCAUUUGAUCAGUCAUUCUCUC